CUCCCACAAUGCACCGCUACAUCGGCUGAGCAGCCAGGGAGGAGAACAACGGAGCAGCUACAUGGACCCAAACAAACAGUGUUAGCUAAUAGUGUACAGUUAUAAGGUAGUAAAAAGUGAGCUCGGUGUAGUGUUUGUUCAUCUAUAACUAUAAGAUUACAAGACCUUUCAGGACGGAUGCAGCGGUGAUAUAGCUACACUCCUAUCGGCAGCUGGGAGGCGGUGCUCUUUAGCAUUAGCUAGCCAGUUAGCUGGUUCUAACUGACGGGAGAAGCUGUGUGAAAAGCUGCUGGUAACAUCAUUUCGGCUGGCCACAAAACGAACACACAAAGGAAAAAAAGAUUAAAAAGUUGAACUUAAAUCUGCUAUUACUGAUAGCGACCGCUGUGUCGUAAUAUAAGAAAAUUAGUGGUUACUUUGUUGAGACCAUAGCUUGUCUUACUACAUAGAUUGACUAACGUUAGCUAACUUCACUUAGCUAUUGUUAGGUCGUCUGAGGCGACAUCUGUAAAUAUUGGAUUUGGGUAGCUUUAGCUAACAUAGCUAGAAAAACACAAUGAGUACCGAAGCUGCAGCGUCCACUAAACCCACUCCGGAGGAUGAUGGCAUGACAUGGUGGUACCGAUGGCUCUGCAAAAUAGCUGGAGUUUUGGGAGGAGUAUCCUGUGCCGUCUCAGGAGUGUGGAACUGUGUCACGGUGAACCCUUUAAACAUUGCUGCUGGAGUUUGGAUGGUGUUAAAUGCCUUUGUGCUGUUCCUAUGUGAAGUCCCAUUCUGUUGCCAGUUCAUAGAGUUUGCUAACGCAGUAGCAGCCCGUGCAGAUAAAUUCAAACCUUGGCAGAAAGCCUUCUUCUACUGUGGGAUGGCUCUGUUUCCUGUAUUCUUGAGUUUCUCUUUUACCACCUUGUUUGGAAACGCCAUCGCCUUCGCUACAGGAGUUCUGUACGGCCUUGCGUCUUUAGGCAAAAAGGGAGACGCAGUGACUUAUGCCAGACUGCAGCAUCAGAAACAGGCAGAUGAAGAGAAGAUGACAGAAACGGCAAAUGGGGCUCCGGAGUAAGGCAUCUGCCUUUCCACCCUCCUCUUCCUCUAUUUUCUUCAGUUGUUACCGCCCUCCAUCCAUCCUACCUCUUCCUCCAUGCUUCUUUCCUCUUUCCCAUUUCUGUCACUACAUAAUUAUGGUACUGAGUUUACUUAUUUACUUACACUGCUGCAUUCUUGUUGUCCUGACCUAAUAGUAUCCAAACGGAUUGGCGUUGGAUUAAGUCCAUAACUCGAUACCAUAGAUUGUAUGUUUUGUUUUUCAUGGUUUAUGGUCUCCUCAUGGGUUGUAUUUAUUAUUUUUUUCCCUUUGUUGUUUGUUGCUGCUGUCAGUUGUAAACCAUUUUUCUGCAGGAAAAAUGUGAGGUACAUCUUUCUAGCCCAAGAACCUUUCAGGAAAUCCGAAAGCUAAAUUAAUGUGAAUGUAAAAUGUACAUAAUUAACUUAAGGUUAUCAGGUUAUUCACUAUGACGUUGAGGCUGAUUCAAAUGUGUCUCACUUGGAGAGUGAAGUGGGUACAGAUAAGUCCAAUGGUAACAUGGGGUUCAGACUUGUUUUAGCAGCAGACACAAAUAUUGAUAUCAGCUCUUUUGCAGUUCUAACCUUAUUAUCAUGGGAAAGUAUUGGCCAGUGGGGUUUCCAAAGCCUGUUGCGUUAACUCUGCGUUUAAUCCGAAGAACCUACUUUAAGCAGUGAAUGUAGAUGAUAAAAGUCAACUUAGUUAACAGUGAAAACUACUUUAUUGUAAUAUUUAUCGAAAAAAAACGCCUGACUUUUAGUACAACAGAUCUGUAAAACGCCUCACGUUUUCGUGAGUUUUUCCUGUAUUUGAGUCCCAAAAUGUACCUUCAUUGGACUACUUUUGAGUAAAGAAAAUAGGAGUAAUUUUGAUAUUACAGUAUUCUACCCACUGUGCAGACAAAACUCUGAAUUGCAGCCUGAAUGCAUUUUAAAAUAUACGUAGGCAUUAGAGAAAUGUUUAACAUUGGGGAAUGUUUCUCGUAUACCCAAAGAUAAAGAAGGUAUGCUUUCAUAUAUUAUUUGUUCAGUUGGUUUAAGGUCAGCUGGGGAAUUCCUGCACUAAACCUUUGGUAGCAUGGACUCUGGUAUAGAGGGAAUUUUUAGGAAAAGCUUUCAGUGCAUGUGUCAGCUUGUGUAUGUAUGGUUCCUCAUGAUCAAGCAGCCGGUAGCUGUGUUGUGGCUGCAGAUUUUGUGGUACAUUAUGAAUUGGAAAACUGUUCUUAUUUGUUCUCCUUUUUAAAACAUGUAAAACAACGUUUUAGAAUAUGUUACUGAAUAUCUGCUGUGUUUAUUAUGCGUCUUAAUUAGUACACUCUACCAACAUCCAUUACAAAUUCAAUGAGGGGGAAGUGUCUUGAUUCAGGGACGAUUUGGUCUGUAUCCCACACAAUCACCAGAGCCAUGGUUUGCCUUUUGUCACUCAAAUGAGGUAUGCAGUGUUCAGCAAUGUACGAUUUGUGUUUGUGUUUUGUUGCCUUGCCUCCGUUGUGUAAAAAGGAACUUUGGGAAUAAUUGUUUACACGUACCUCUUACAGCUGUUUGUAUCCUAAAUCUAUUACUGGCUGGUCAGUGACUGAGUGGAUUAUUCACAAAUUACCACCAGCUCUCAGGUAUCAUACUUAACAAUGCACAGUGAAACAGAUACAAAUUAGUUCAUGAAUAGAUCAUAGAUGUAUGGGAACUAGCAUAAGCAUGACUAUGAAAUUAGUAUGUCAUUUGAGCCGAUGGAAAAGCAUUUGUGUAGCAUUUAAAACAUGCACAACUAUCGUUCACAAGUGAUUAAACACUACACAUACACACCAGCAGUAUGCUACAGUUAGACACUACACACCUCUUACACUAUAGUUUUAAUAAGAUGUAAAAUAAAACCCCUUGCCUUGUCCACAACCAUCCAUCCAGUUUUAUUGUAUUGCAGUGACGUGCAUCCAAGACUUGAGUGCAUAUUUUGCUGUAAGGGAUAUGUGUAUAAUGUGUGUUGUGAUGUGAAUACUGAUCCUGUUUAUCAAUUCGCGAAUUAAACAAACUUGCUACUACUA